UAGUUCCGACCACCUUCACAGUGCUCUGCUGGUGCAGAGCGGUUUAUACUAAGCUAACGGUUUAUUACUGUUUGCCUCUGUCUUUAGUAAGUGCGGUAAUACUACGGUAGUACGACAGUUACAUAAAAGAUGGCUUUGCUGACGCCAUUAUUUGCUUUUCUGUACCAUUUGCCGCAGGUGUACAAGUGGCUGCUGAAGCCCUAUUAUGUAGCCUCUCUCUUCAUGUCUAUAGCAUUUCUAGCUGUCCGCAAAACGCCCGGCAUCUGCGAUCGUCUAGCCACACAGCGAGAGGACGGCAACUCCUGCGACUUCGACUGGAGAGAGGUGGAGAUCCUCAUGUUCCUCAGUGCCAUCGUCAUGAUGAAGAACAGAAGGGCAAUAACUGUGGAGCAACAUGUGGGAAACAUCAUCCUGUUCAGCAAAGUGGCCAAUGUGAUCCUGUUCUUCAGACUGGACAUCAGGAUGGGACUGCUCUACCUGACGCUCUGCAUAGUUUUUCUGAUGACCUGUAAGCCUCCUCUUUACAUGGGACCAGAGUACAUCAAAUACUUCAGUGACAAAACUAUUGAUGACGAGUUAGCAAGAGACAGCCGUGUGACGUGGAUCGUUGAAUUUUUUGCCAACUGGUCUCCAGAGUGCCAGUCCUUUGCGUCUAUCUAUGCUGAUCUCUCUCUCAAGUAUAACUGUGCUGGCCUCAAGUUUGGCAAAGUAGACAUUGGACGCUAUGGAGAGGUUUCCAAAAAAUACAAGGUGUCAGCAUCUCCACUCUCCAAGCAGCUUCCAUCCUUGGUGUUGUUCCAGGGAGGGACGGAGGUGAUGCGGCGCCCUCAGGUGGACAAAAAGGGCAGGGCUGUAUCCUGGAGCUUUACUGAGGAGAACAUCAUCCGAGAGUUCAACCUUAAUGAACUCUACCAGAAAUCCAAGAAGCUCAGCAAGAGCAGAGGAGACAAGGUCAACCAGUCUCAGUUCCCCCCAGUCCCUGAGGAGGAGGAGCCAGAGCAGCAGGGAGCUGAAGCCCAAGGGGAGGAGUUUGAAUCCAAGAAGGACAAAUAAGACUAUUUUUAUUACUGCCACUGGACUUUUGAAUAGAAUUUGUGGGUCCACUGUGGGUCAGCUAACUCCUCUUCCCCGACCUUUAUCUUCUUGCCCCUCUUCAAAGUGUUAUAUUUGUUUACCUGUAGCCCCACCCCCUUCACCCAAAACAUUCGCAAUAUGUAAUUUAGUGGUGUCUCAAAAACAAACUUCAGAAAAGCCAAGGCACUCACACAUUCAUGCCAGUACAGGCAAACCAGAGUAUUUCCUUUUUUCAGAAAAAAACAACAGAACUAAAAUUUACACUUUAGUGGAGAAAGCGUACUGAGACACAGUGAACCACCCGACUGCUCAUCUGGGUGAAAUUCUACUAAUGACUUACAAACGAGCAGUGCUGAUUUGUUGUUUUUCUAUUAGAAUUUUUAUGUUACUAAUUAAAUUCACAGAUGUUUUUUUAAUUGUUCAAUGUGUGUUUCAGAAAAAGCUGUUGGUUUGUCCAUAUCUAUGAGUAGGCUAUGAGUAAACUCAUGAAACAUCACUGAUUCAUGCAUGUAUGUGAGGCACUCCCAUAUUAAGUCUCUCAUUCCAAACUAAAACCACCAGGAUCCUCAACGCAUUGUUCAACAAUACAUUAAAUUAGGUCAAAAACAGCUCAGUCUGUGCGUGCCUGGCAGUUCUAACAUCACUUAGAGGGAAAUAUACUAAGCCAUUUCCAGUUUAUAGAUGACCUGCUGUACCUCCUGAGCCCCCCCGCCCAAAAUAAAAAGUUGGACAUAAAGUAAACUUCCCCAACUUGUUGCACCAUGUUGAGAACUCAAAAGGCAGUAAAGUUCUGCAGUGUUAGAAAAGAGGUUGUAGUGUUUUUGUCAUGGCUCCUGGGGGGCAGAGUUACUUGUUUGGUCAGUCUUGUCACUGUCUCCACUGGAUGAAGCUCUGACUAACCUACCCGAUCCUCUGAUUUGAUAUGACAUGACUACCACAAUCUGAGUAGCAAAUGUUAGUGUGCUAACCUGCCACAACUUUUUUUUAGAUUGGACCUAAGACCUGCUUACCAGGUUCGUGUUGUAGUCCUCCUCCUGUUAUAAAUGUGUAUCAUUCACAACUCGUCCACAAACUUCAUAUCAGCUGGUCCCACAUGGGGUUCUUGACCCUGGGGUUGAGAAGCUGUGCACACAGUCACUAACAGAGCGCUAACCUGAACAUGAUGUCUCUAACCCUCUGGAUGGAUCCAAGAACCUCUGCACUCCUCUGCAUUUCCACUCAUGCUCUGAAGUCACAAUAGCCCAUCAAAUGAUGUCAAGUGUGACCUGCAUAUUCAUUGGUUGAGUACUGGACUAAGCUUUUCCUAUUAAUGUGCUAAUUAUGAUGAAAAACUGAGAGCAUGUUUCCACAGAAUGAGGAACGUCUGAGAUAUUCACAGAGCCACACUUUUUCUUUGUUGUAAAACCUUUUGAAUAUUAAUGAUCAGAGCUGCUCUUUGUUAUAGUGAAUCAUUGUUUUUGUGUCUUUUUCUUUUUUAUAUUCCAGUAGUAAACACUGUAGUUGUUUUGAAGACACUGAGUUUGUUCCUGAUUUCUGAUGUUCCUACUAAACCUGUUUUAUUAUAUAUGCUGUUGAUGUUUGGUCUGUGUGUCAUGCUACAUUUAAUUCCAUCUGAAUUCAAACUUGUUUCUGCUCCUGAGUGGAGGAGAAAUGUCUCAGAAAGGUCUGGCCUAUUUUGCUAUCCAUGCAGUAAAAACAAUGUGUACAUGAAAAGUUGUCAUCUUGCUGUCGUCCUUCCUACAAACAGCGUUCAGAGUGAAAUAACUGGCAAUUAAGUUGCUGAUUGCUUUGCUUCAUGACAGAGCCUCCACCACCAUCAUCCACACACCAAAUUAUGAACAUUGUUUUAGAAAAAUGGUGUCAGUCCCUCUAAUAUGGGUUUAUAAACUUAAAAUAAAUACCAGAGCACUAAAGGUGUUUUGUUUGUUAACCAUUUUCAGUUGCUGCAUGUUAGUUUUAUUGCUCAGAUGCUCCCAAGUUCUUAAAACAAAAAACUGAAAGUGUCUUUAUUGCAUGCUGUGAGCAGGUGGCAACCUCGUGUUCAUAAGCUCAAAAAUUAACAUGAAGUGAUAGAAACUGAUCCCUCUAAUGUCCAUUUGAGGUUCCCAGCAAAAGUGAGUCAGUCCCCAUUGAUCACAUGUUCUAUUUAUGUCCAACUUGACAGCAGAAAUAA